UUGAAACAGUACCAGCAAUGAGACUUUUAACAAUUUUAGCCGUGGCGAUAAUCGCUUUGGAAGACGAAGGCUGGGCAUCUACGACCUUUAAAAUAGAGUCGCGUCUCCUCUCCCGAAGAUCCGGUGGCAAGGCAAACAUCUUCAUCAGCUUUUACAAUGGGACCAACUACAUCUUAGAACACGUGGGCAAAUCGAGAUUCGGCACAAGGUCUGAAAAGCAAAACGCAGUUCGGUCACGUCUAAUUGCUCACGCCGAACAAAGCCAAGUCAAAGUCAGGGACUAUUUACACCAUCGAUCAAGAACUCAAGGCACAGAAUUCCAGUCGCUCUGGAUCACUAACCAGGUGUACAUUAAAGAUGCUACCUUCGCCGACAUCACCGCGCUUGUCGACCUUCCCGAAGUUAAAAGCGUCACUGAAGAAAAAAUCAUUCAACUGGACAACUCUGUCGGUGUUCUGGCCAAGCCUACCCCAGGGGAUGAAUGGAACCUUCAGAAAAUCCAGGCCCCCGAAGGAAUCAGUCUGUGGAAGGCGUCAUCCCCCGCGGUAGCGGUGCCACUCGUGGGAAUAAUUGAUUCCGGCUGUAGGCAGACGCAUGAAGCAUUGAGGGACAACUGGGUCGGUGGUGAAACUGGUUGGUUUGACCCGUACGAUAACACUCAACUUCCGGUAGACACAGACGGGCAUGGGACUCACGUGACUGGGACGAUCUGUGGGAAAGGAGGGAUCGGCGUGUAUCCGGACGCAAGAUGGAUGGCAUGUCGCGGAUGUAAAGGGGGCGAUUGUGGUGCAGCACAGCUCCUUCAAUGCGCACAGUAUAUGACGUGUCCAAGAAGGCCGGAUGGGUCGUGCGGUACCGCUCCGAAAAUUGUAUCGAACAGUUGGGGUGACAGGGUCGAUCAGAAUGAUCCAUGGUUUGAUGGCGCGAUUGCCACUUGGCACUCGGUCGGAAUAAUUCCCGUAUUUGCCAUCGGAAAUUCUGGUUCAGCUUGUGGCUCAGUACGUUCACCUGGCGAUAGAAACGGGGUGAUUGGAGUCGGUUCAACGACCGAAAUUGAUGCUCUCUCUACAUUUUCCUCCGUCGGUCCCACCGUUGAUGGUAGAAUAAAGCCCGAAAUUUCCGCCCCCGGGUCCAACAUAUUAUCCGCCUAUUAUGAAUCGGAUACCGACUACUUCACCGACUCCGGGACGAGUAUGGCGUGCCCCCAUGUUUCUGGCUUGAUUGCGAUGCUUGUGGCGGUCAAACCAACGCUAACGUAUGAUGAAGCAAUGCGGUAUUUAAAGGAUGGCGCCGAUCGAAAUUUGGUAUCAUCUGGGGGCAGUUGUAAUAAUAUACCGGAUACCGAUUUUCCCAAUUAUCAGUUCGGUUCGGGCCGAGUCAAUGCUUUGAAAUCGUUGCGGCUUUUAUUGAAUGAUAACCCGUUCAGAUGUACGGUUGUGGGAACGUUUGCUAAUGCGGAUUGUCGCAAGUAUUAUAGGUGUGUUCAAAUAGGGGGAAAUUUGUAUACUUACGUUAUGACGUGCCCGUCUGGAUCGUAUUUUAAUACUGGUUCGAAAAAGUGUGUACUUGGGGCGUGUUAAAUGAGAACAUUAGGAUGCGAAAUGUAGAAUAAAAUGAAUAAAUUUACUAC